AUGAGUAAACAUGCCAAGAUAGUACAAGGUGAAGAUAGUGAGGAGGAGGAUGAUGAGGAGGAGUAUGAGGAGGAGGAACAAGUCUACGUCCAACCAUCAUCGUCAACAACAACCAAUCAAAUUACUGUGUCCGAUGAACAGGAAUACGAAGAAGAAGAAGUGGUGGAAUAUAUUGAAGAGGAGGAGGAAGUCUAUGAUGAUGCAGAGUUGGCACUUGGAGCUGAUCUGCUAAACUUUAACCUUGGCAUAUCAGCUGGUCACCCAAACAACAAUGACGUGGUCGACAGAUUCAUACCAUUCUCUCCUGAUGUGGAUGGCGAGGACACCACUAUCCUCGUAUCAAGCAAGCAGUUGUUACAACCACAUCAUCAAUCAAGAGUUGUCUCUGGUGAGGAUGAUGACGAGGAAGAUGACGACGACGAGGAGGAAUACAUUCCACAAGACACAAUUGUCAAUGCUAUCGACAUCAAUGUCGAGCCUGCUGAUGUCUCGGCUCUGUUGGCCCAACAGAAAAAGGCAGAUGAAGAGGCUCAGGAACAACUCAGGCUCGAUCAGGAAAAGAUGGAACAACAGAGAAUUGAGCAACAAAGGUUGGAGAUGGAGAGGCUUGAGAUCGAGGCCGCCGCCGAACAAGCCAGGUUGGAUAAGGAGAGACUUGAGCAAGAGGCUGAACAAGCAAGGAUUGAGCAACAGAGACUUGAGCGAGAGGCGGAGCAAGCCCGUAUCGAGCAAGCCAGGCUGGAGAAGGAAAGAUUGGAGAAAGAGGCCGAACAAGCCCGUCUCGAACAAGCCCGGUUGGAAAAGGAGAGACUGGAUCAAGAGGCCGCCGAACAAGCCAGACUGGAGAAGGAGAGACUUGAGCGAGAGGCUGAGCAAGCCCGUAUCGAGCAAGCAAGGCUGGAGAAGGAAAGAUUGGAGAAAGAGGCUGAGCAAGCCCGUAUCGAACAGGCCAGGAUCGAAAGGGAGAGACAGGAGAAGGAAGCAGCAGAACAAGCAAGGAUCGAGAAGGAGAGACAAGAGGCAGAGCAGGCCCUUGCCGAACAGGUCAGAUUGGAGAAUGAGAGACUGGAGCGAGAGGCCGAGCAGGCACGGGUCGAACAAGCCCGCCUGGAGAGACUUGAGCGUGAGGCUGAGCAAGCAAGGAUCGAGCAACAGAGACUUGAGCAGGAGCAGUUGGAGAAAGAGAGAUUGGAAAGAGAGGCCGAACAAGCAAGGAUAGAGCAACAGCGAGUAGAACAAGAGAGACUUGAGAAUGUGGCUGCCGAGCAAGCCAGGCUGGAGAAGGAGAGACUUGAGCGUGAGGCUGAGCAAGCCCGUAUCGAGCAAGCCCGGUUAGACAAGGAGAGACAGGAGAAGGAAGCCGCCGAACAAGCCAGGUUGGAGAGUGAGAGACUUGAGCGAGAGGCUGAGCUAGCCCGUAUCGAGCAAGCCAGGUUGGACAAGGAAAGACUGGAGCAUGAAGCCGAGCAAGCACGUGUUGAACAAGCCAGGUUGGAGAGUGAGAGACUUGAGCAAGAGGCCGAGCAGGCCCGUGUCGAGCAAGCCAGACUGGAGAAGGAGAGACUUGAGAGGGAAGCCGAACAAGCCCGUCUCGAGCAAGCCCGGUUGGAAAAGGAAAGACUGGAUCAAGAGGCCGCCGAACAAGCAAGGAUAGAACAGCAGCGUAUCGAACAAGAGAGACAAGAAAAAGAGGCUGAGCAAGCCAGGAUAGAGCAACAACGAAUUGAACAAGAGAGACUUGACAAAGAGGCCGCAGAACAAGCCAGGAUAGUGAAGGAGAGACAGGAGGCAGAGAAUGAAAGGUUGGAGAAGGAGAGACUUGAGAAGGAAGCAGAGCAAGCGCGCGUCGAACAGGAAAGAAUUGAACAACAGAGGCUGGAGAAAGAGGCUGAACUGGCCCGUAUCGAGCAAGCCAGGCUGGAGAGUGAGAGACUAGAGCGAGAGGCUGAGCAAGCACGUAUCGAGCAAGACAGGUUGGAAAAAGAGAGACUUGAGCGAGAAGCCGAGCAAGCACGCGUCGAGCAAGCCCGUCUUGAACAAGCCAGGCUGGAGAAGGAGAGACUAGAGAAGGAAGCUGAGCAAGCCCGUCUUGAACAAGCCAGGUUGGACGAGGAGAAGCUUCAGAAGGAAGCUGAGCAAGCACGUGUCGAACAAGCCAGAUUGGACAAGGAGAGACUUGAGAAGGAGGCCGCCGAACAGCAUAGAAUCGAACAAGAGAAGCUGGAUCAAGAACGACUCGAACUGGCAAGGAUUGAACAACAGAGGCUGGAGAAGGAGGCUGAACUAGCCCGUCUCGAGCAAGCCAGGCUCGACAAGGAGCGAGAGGCUGAGCAAGCACGUGUCGAACAAGCCCGAUUGGACAAGGAGAGACUUGAGCGAGAGGCCGAGCAAGCCAGACUGGAGAAGGAGAGACUUGAGAAGGAAGCCGAGCAAGCUCGCCUCGAACAAGCAAGGUUGGAGAAAAAGAGACAGGAGGAAGAGCAAGCAAUAGCCGAGCAAGCCAGAAUCGAGAAAGAAAGACUUGAGGAGGCAGCCGAGAAAGCCCGUGUCGAGCAGGCCCGUCUUGAACAAGCACGGCUGGAGAAGGAGAGACUUGAGAAGGAAGCUGAGCAAGCCCGCCUCGAACAAGUCCGCCUCGAACAAGCCCGUCUGGAGAAGGAGAGACUCGAGAGAGAAGCCGAGCAAGCCCGUCUUGAACAAGCAAGGUUGGACAAGGAGAGACUCGAGAAGGAAGCCGAGCAAGCCCGCCUGGAGAAGGAGAGACUUGAGAAAGAAGCCGAGCAAGCCCGCCUCGAACAAGCCCGUCUUGAACAAGUCAGGUUGGACAAGGAGAGGCUAGAGAAGGAAGCUGGGCAAGCCCGUAUCGAACAAGUCCACCUGGAACAAGCCAGAAUUGAACAAGAGAAGUUGGAUCUGCAGCGUAUCGAGCAUGAGAAGCAACUGGCACCAGAGACCGAGUCUGAGGAGGCGUCCAAUAGUAAGAGUGUAAACGAUUUGAGCUUGCCACAAACUGUGGCGGCAGCACCAGCAGCACCAGUUCCAAAGACCAAGAUCAUAUCUGGAGAGGACGAUGAAGAUGAUGAAGAUGACGAUGACGACCAGAGUGAGAGCAUCGGACCGACCACAUCCGACACUUCUAUCGCCGCCUCCAAGUCCACAUCAGUGGUCCCCAAUGUUACAACACCAACAACCACAACCUCAUCAUCCGCCACUCAAUCAACCACCUCUACAUCAUCCACAUCCAAUCCAUUGCUUUCGUUUGUCAACUUUGUAUCCUCAAAGAGACCUCCAAUCAACAGUACCAGCACACCUGCAUCAACAACAACAACAUCUGCGGCAGCCACUCCAGCCAACACAUCAGUUCCACCACUCAAGAUGCCACUUCAACCAGCGAGGAAGAAGUCGUUUGGAAAGGACCUCCCAUUGCCAAUCCCUAACUUCCUCAAGGGUAGUGAUGACAAGCAAGCCAAGUCAUCGUCACCAACCAGCUCCUCGCACACCUCCACGCCACGCGGUGAGGAAAAGGAGUUCCAAGACCCCCAGGCCGUAGCCCAGUACUGCGACCUGCUUGACCCAUCAAUAAGAGAGACACAGUUGUACUCAAGGAAUAACGAAUUGCAUACGGAUGUACAGAGGAGGUGGCAGGAGCUGUUCAAGGGACUGAGCAAAGAACUCAACUCACUCGAAUCAUCACUUCGUACGACCAAGAACACUCUGCAAGAGACAUCCAAGGUUGCCAAGAACAACAAUAUCGACUUGGACAAUCUAGUGAACAACUUUUGCAUGUCUCCAUUCUUCUAG